UAUAAAUAAUUAACAAUUUCCCCUGUGUUGCUCAUCGAGACUUGAGUUUGAAGCUUAUCGAUCACAGUAGUAGGAAUGGCGGACGAGAUUAUCUUGUUGGAUUUCUGGCCUAGCAUGUUUGGUAUGAGGGUCAAAGUUGCCCUGGCAGAGAAGGGCCUCAAGUAUGAAUUUAGAGAGGAGGACUUGAGGAACAAGAGCCCUUUGCUCCUUGAGAUGAAUCCAGUUCAUAAGAAAAUCCCAGUUCUGAUCCACAAUGGGAAACCCAUUUGUGAGUCUCUGAUAAUUGUUCAGUAUAUCGAUGAGGUUUGGAAGGAUAAAUCUCCAUUGUUGCCCAGUGACCCAUACCAGAGAGCUCAGGCCAGGUUCUGGGCGGACUACAUAGACAAGAAGAUCUUUGAACUUGGAAGGAAGAUAUGGACGACCAAAGGAGAAGAUCAGGAGGCAGCCAAGAAAGAAUUCAUAGAGUGCCUUAAGCUUUUGGAAGGAGAGCUUGGGGAAAAGCCCUACUUUGGUGGUGAAAAUUUUGGGUUUGUGGAUGUGGCUCUGGUGACCUUUUCUUGCUGGUUUUAUGCAUACGAGACCUUUGGCAACUUCAGCAUAGAGGCGGAGUGCCCCAAGUUGAUCGCUUGGACCAAGAGGUGCAUGGAAAGGGAAAGUGUGUCGUCUUCUCUUGCAGACCCCCACAAGGUCCAUGGCUUUGUUGUGGUGUUGAGAAAGAAGUUUGGUAUAGAGUAGUAGGACAUUUGCAGCUAUUUACUGGUGUUGUUUUGGUCAUAUGGAAGAGCGUUUGCUAAAUGCUAAGUUCAAGGUUUAAAAAAUCGGGAUAUAUCCCCGAUAUUUCGGGUUUCAGUGGAUGCUGACACAAAUUCUGGAGAGAUAUUUCCAUAUUCCGAUAUUUCGGGAUUUUUUUCACAUUUUAUCA